CAAAGCCCUAAAUCCCUGAUUCAAACCAGACAAAAACAAUGGCGUCUCUUCUCGCCAGACGUCAACGAAGUUUCCAAUCAAACCCAUCUCUCACUCGCUUCUUCUCUACCUCCUCAUCAGACCCACCUCCCCAAGAAAAACCCUCCCAGCCACCACCGUCUUACUCUUCUCCCUUCACCGAAAUCAAGUCCACUCUGAAGCAAAAACUACAGCAACAGGAUCAAGAAGAGAGUAAGCCAUUGGCUAAAUCCUCCAAUGAUCACAACCCACGCGGGUCUUUCCAAGAUAUAGGAACCAAACUCGCCAAGUUCCAGCGUAGAUCCACCACAAAUCCACCUCCAAUCGAUUCAUCAUCACAGCCUCGUCCCCGUAUCUCAUUCGAGGCGCUCUAUAAGCAAAACGUUGUAGCGGAUCCUCGGAACCGGAGAGGGCAGGAGACCGAUUCGAGUAACUUAUGGGAAAAUUUGAAGACUUUGAAGGCAAAGUCCAACGCUUUAGACAAUACUGAGAUGAAAGGUUUGUCCUUUCGAAGUUUCAAGAACACUUUGAAAGGAAACGUUGGAAGAGGAGGAGGAGGAGGAGAAGGAUUGCCGGCGUCUGUGUUUGGGAAUGAGAGGAAGGGUAGUGGGGAAGGUGAAACAGAGGAGAUGGUGACGGAGUUUUUAAAGAUUUAUAGGGAAGAUGAGUUGGGUGAGAAGCUAAGGAGGCUUAGGCCGGAGGGGAAGAAAGAGGAAGGGUGGUUUUCGUUGCAGGAGUUGAAUGAGAGGUUGGUUAAGUUAAGGGAAGUGGAAGAGAAAGAGGUUUAUAAUAAUCAGCGUGGGAGUGUUUCGGUUAUUAGAAAUGUUAUUGGAACGUUUCGGAAUGAGGCAGCCAUCAAUGAAGCUAUUUCUCAGCAGAAUCAUGACAUUUUGGGAUAUUUGGAUGGUACCCCUGAAUACAAGCUUUAUCCUCCAAAAGAUGUUCUUGUUGAAACUUACUUCCACACAGAUAAUCUUUCAUCUGCGGAGAAGAUGAAAAUCGAGCUCACGAAAGUCAGGGAAGAUUUCAAGAUGUCGGAAUCAGAUUGUGGUUCUGCACGUGUGCAAGUUGCGCAGCUCACUACUAAAAUUAAGCAUUUGUCAUCUGCUCUGCACAAAAAGGACAAGCAUUCUCGGAAGGGACUUUUUGCUAUGGUGCAGAAACGGAAGAAGCUUCUGAAAUAUCUUAGACGAACUGACUGGGAUUCUUAUUGCCUUGUCCUGUCAAAACUCAGCCUUCGUGACAACCCGGAUUACAAGUUCUAAGCUUUAUGCAUUAGUAACUCCAUGGUUCUGUCUCCGCACUCUUUUGGUUUAGGCAACACUCUGUUGUGAGUGAGACUUAGCUGUUCAAACCCUGUUAGGCAUUUUACUUUCUAGGGAAGAAACUUGCUCAACUCUAUUGUUUCACUUUAAGCUCUCCAAUCAUGCACUUGCUGCAACGAAAUGAAGUUGUGGAUCUCUUUCUUUGUUGUUUAAUAAUAAAAGUUACUUAAUGAAGAUGCAUUUUCAUGAUUUCGUUUUUUACAUCUUUUCACAAGCAAAGUUGGUGAUAUUUUAAAGCAACCAUAUGAUCUUGAACCCAAAUGUCACAUUGGAAAAUAAGAGCAUUAAGUUUUUGGAGAGGAGAAGUUAUAUCUACAAACACAAAAACAUCAUUUCUUACAAACCAAGAGCACCUAGAGGCGUCUUCCCCUGACCAGCCUCAAAGUAAAAGAUCAACAUAGCAAGCAUAGCGAGCCUAGAGUGCUUAAUCUCCGCAACCUUCAACCUCUCCAGCUUCUCCCUAUCUGGCUCAUAAACACCAUCACGUGUCUUCCCAGCCAAACCCAACGGGUCAAAGAAUCUUCCACCAGGAUAUCCUUGAUCACCAGUGUAGUUUGCAAAAUUCUCAGCGGUCCUCGACCACGGCGUGGCCCACUCAACUGACUGAGAGUCAGGGUUGAAGAAGUCCACCCACCUUUUGCUCUCCACCCAACCCAUGAGAAGAAGUUGGGUUCCAAGAAGUGAACCGAAAGAGAAGGGUGCAAUGGCACGUGGAUCAGCUCCGGCUUCGAACCAUGGCACGCCACUCCAUGCUUGGCCCACGAAGAUCCCAAGAACAGCUGCCAUCGCCCAUCGUCCGUGGAUCAGCUCUGCCUCUCUGUACCAUUUCAAAAAAGCCGGGUCUUUUCCUAGACCCAAUGGGUCGAACCCGAAAUCUCCGGGUAGCCUGCCAAAAACCAUUCACGUAGGCCUCAGAAAGGAAGUAACUUUGAAUGAAAAGCAUCCACAUGUGACAUAGAAAUUUUCUUAACUUUAUGUACACAUGACUGUUCACACGAAAGUCAAUAUCAUCAUUGUUCUAUUGUUCAUGUUUGUAACGAAGAGAUUUGAGUGGAUAGACUUACGAGCCAUCGAGCCAUUCAGGGUCAAGGAAGUUGCCGCCACCUUUAACAGCGGGGAUCCAAGAUUUCUUGGGCUGAGCAGCAGCAGCAGCAACAAUCAGAGUUUUCCUACCAACUCUCGCAACUGCAGAACCUACACCGGUUCCUAAAGCGGCGGCACUCCUCUUGCCUCCGGCGAGGAAGGAAGAACCAAGCCCACUGAGCACAGCUCCAGAGACAGCCAUCGCCAUGACAACUCUAAUAACUCUCCUCUGUUUUUUGUUUGUAUCUCAAGAGUGCAAAGUGAGUGUUUUGUUUUCUGUUUUCUGGAG